CUAUGUGGUUGGUCAGCUCACGACACACCGUCCACAAGCGACCAACCAGAGAGCGUAAAGAGCCACAUGGGCCCAAGACAGAUCAUGGACAGAUCACUACAACGUUUAGCGAGCCUACCUAUUUACGGUAACUUACCUACCUAGGUAGUCACAAGUGUGAGCUCACUAUCGCCGUGGUGGAGAACGGGCCAAUCCGGGCAAAACGUUCCAUCAUCGGGGUAGGUCCGAUGUUAUCUCCCUGAGCGCUUUGACAUUCCUUUGCCACCACGAAGCUCGCUCUUCAUAACAACUGCGACGCCUGGAUUCUUAACAUCUUCUCUUCUGUUCAUUUCAAUAAUACUGAGAAAUAUUGGAGAACACCGAGUGAUAGAAAGAUAUCUCUUCUACCCCUACCUAGCUUGACUACUCCUACUCUCAUUAUCCAUCUUUACCAUCUACCACGCGUUCCCCCUUUAAUUACCUAGUACAAAUCAAUUCACGAUGAGGCUCAUCAUCCGUAACGACUCGGAUGCUGCUAGCUACUAUGUAGCUAAUUACAUCAUCGAAAGAAUUCGUCACUUCAACCCUACUCCUAAACAUCCCUUCGUUCUAGGCCUACCGACAGGAUCCAGUCCGCUUGGUGUAUACAAGAUUUUGGCUGAGCAGUAUAAGGCUGGCAACAUCUCCUUCGAGAACGUCGUCACAUUCAAUAUGCAGGACGAAUAUGUCGGGAUACCUCGGGACCACCCAGAAAGUUAUCAUUCGUUCAUGUGGAAGCACUUUUUCUCCCAUGUCAAUGUGAACCCAAACAACGUCCACAUCCUAAACGGUAAUGCCGAGAACCUCGAGGCAGAAUGUGUUGAGUACGAGGCAAAGAUAAAGCGCGCCGGAGGCAUCGAUUUGUUCUUGGGUGGGAUCGGUGAAGAUGGGCACGUCGCUUUUAACGAGCCGGGCUCGAGUCUAGCCUCGAGGACCCGCGUUAAGACGCUUGCUUAUGACACUAUUCUGGCCAACUCCCGCUUCUUCGAGAACGACAUCAACAAGGUUCCUAAGAUGGCAUUGACAGUCGGUGUACAGACUGUUCUCGAAGCAAGAGAAGUUGUUAUUAUUAUUCUAGGCGCUCGCAAAGCCCUUGCACUGCAAAAGUGUAUCGAGCAGGGCGUAAACCAUAUGUGGACGCUCUCCAGCCUUCAAUUGCACCCUCACCCCAUGAUAGUGUGUGAUGAAGAUGCGACUUUGGAACUACAAGUCAAGACCGUUAGGCUAAAAUGUCGGUUGUCACAGUACUUCAAGAGCAUCGAGCAGGUUGCAAGACAACAGGGUUUCGAGCAGAUUCUGCCGUCGAAGAUCCGAACUGGGCCCGGGCCAGUGCCGACGACGGUGAUAGAAGAAGUCCAAUCGCCCACUAUCCUCAAACCGCAGCCCAUGACAUCUCGUUUGUUACUUGCAACACCGGCGGCGGAAUAUCCCAUUCGGUCGGUCUCUCCCGACCUAGUUCCAGAUCGAAUGGCAGAUCGCGUACACGGAAUUCCUGAUAUCUCGAGGAGACUAACGCCACAGCCAGAACACCAACAACGACUGGCUAGCGUUGGUGCGUAAAUCUACUAUUUGGGCAGAAUAAUAGCUAUAGUUUAAGUACCUACCUGGUAAGAUUAUAGGGAGUAUCAAACGGCAG